CUCGUUCCAACGGUAGUCACAUGCCUCAAAGCCAUAAUGGCUGACACCGACAAACACGACAUGUUCAGUAGUUGUUGGACAGAGGGGGGCAGAGAGAGUGUGUGUUGUUCCUUAGAAGGGAGUGUCCUAUCUGGCAAAGAUCACUAUUUUCGGUGUAAAUUUAUUUUGCUUGGAUCACUCAUUGACAUUCUGACUGGAGCACAAAGACACUGAAGCAGCAGUGGUGGGAACAGCAGAGUGUGUCUCAGGUGUCGGAAAAGCAUGAAGAGCUUCACGGAAUGGUUUUUCACUACUCUCGGCGCUGCAGUUGUCAUCUACUAUGGAGCUAAGCUGCUCCUUUUUACUAGGAUGCUUUAUCCCAAAAGGUGGUUUCCACUGCCGAAGUCCUUCUUUUCAUCCAUGGGAGAGUGGGCAGUGAUCACCGGCGCCUCAGAGGGCAUAGGAAGACAAUACGCCUUUGCGCUGGCUGAACAAGGAAUGAACGUAGUUAUCAUGAGCAGGACCAAAAUGACUUUGGACAAGGUGGCCAAGGAAAUAAGCGAAACGACACGUCGGCUAGUUAAAGUGAUCGUGGUAGACUUCACCAAGGACGACGUCUUCGCUGAUAUUGAGGAGCAGCUUAAGUACUUGGACAUUGGUGUAUUAGUGAACAAUGUAGGCAUGAUGCCCAGUGUAGUGCCUCGCCGGUUCCUUGAAGAUGAAGAUCUGGACCAGACAAUCAGGAGGGUGAUAAAUUGUAAUGUGAAAACCAUGGUGAAGAUGUGCAAAAUAAUCCUUCCAGGCAUGGAAAACAGGAGAAAAGGCGUGAUCGUAAACAUUGCAUCCGGAAUUGCCUCCAUUCCCUUUCCUAUGUAUUCGCUGUACGCUGCAUCUAAAAUAUUUGUGGAGAGAUUUUCUCAAGGUCUUCACGCAGAAUACAAAGACAAAGGCAUUAUUAUACAGGCAGUCACGCCCUUCGGCGUCUCCACUCGCAUGGUGGGCUACCAGCAAACGAACGCGACCAUGUUGGCCCCACAAGAUUUUGUGACGAGCUCGCUGCAGUAUAUCAGAGCUGGGGACAAAACGUACGGCAGCCUCUGUCACAUGUUCCUGGGCUGGUUACUGCACACUAUCCCACUCAAGAUUCUCCACACAGAGUUUAUGCUACAAGGUCUAAAGGAGUACGUGGAGAGAAAACAAGCAGAAAAGAGUUCCAGCUCUGUUGUAAAGGAAGCUUAAAGGAGAGGGAGUACAAGAACCGUGCCAAGUUAUUGCAACUUCCGGAAGGUCAGCACACUAAGUCACUUGUAUGAUUUGUUUGGCACAGUUUUUACGCAGGAUGCCCUUCCUGACACACCCUUCCCAUUUUUUUUUUUGGGGCCUGGGCUUGGGACCUGGAAAUCGUGUAAAGUGAAUUAAACAAUUCUGGUUAAUAUGGUGAACCCCUGAAUAAUGAAAAUCCACAAGAAACUGAUGCCUUGUUAUCGCCUACAUGGAGUGGGGGAGAUGUUGGAAUGUUUGAAGUUGUAACGUGUCAUGCAAUAUUUAAUAAGACCACUAGAGGUUGCAAAAAGGCAAGACUUUGAAUGACACAUGUUGGAAAUCAGGACAGAACUCGUUCUUAGAAUUUCUCGGAGAUGUUUUAGAUCCCGUGACCCCGGACGGGAUAAACGGUUCAGAUAAUGACUGGACGGAUGUUUUAAGUCUGGGACCUCUCAGAAGAAAAAAAUCUUGAUUUGCUCUUGGUUGUUGAAGACAAGAAAAACAUUGUCAUGGAUUCAUGCAAAUUUGGUCAGACGGUGUUGAAUUGGUUAGCGCCAACAAAAGCAAACAUGUAACUCAAGUAAUGAUGCUUAAUAUUGAUACCGUCAACCAGGUAUUUAAUUUCACACUGUUUAUUAUAUUAAUGGUUUUAUUUUGUAGUGGUGUAUUAGUUUCAUAGAUGAUCAUAUACCUUUGUGGCUGAAAUAUGUUUUUCACUUUCGGCAAAGCAGCUGAUAUAGAAAUAGUAUCAUUCUUUUUAUGAUUCACAGUGGAUGUGUUUGUAACUGCGCGAGAGGUCACCAGUAGUUUUGAUAAACAACUUUUAUGUUACUGUAGAUGUUAUAGACUAGUAACUUUUAACCACUGCAUGAGAAAUCAUCAAACUUUGGAAAGUAUUUUUUUUUUUUUUUUUUUAACCCAUCAACCUAUGCCAGCAACAUAUAGUGACUGGCAGAACAAAAUUGUUCAAACAGGCCCAGAGUUCACAAGUACAAUUGUGAGUAAACUGAGAUGAGAGAUUAUUUCAGUAUUGUAUGUAUGCUUUUGGGAAAGUUCCAUUUGUUUGUUUGCCAUGAGAUUUUUCUAAUGUAAUGUGCCUUGGCUCAAUAAAGUUCA